GCUCCUUCGGAUUGGUUAGGCACAGUUUGCAAACAGUCCUGGUGGAGGAUCACUCGUCAGGAGGUUUCAAGGCACUCAAUAAGCCCAAGAUCAUCAGGUGUUAAAGUUUUGUCGACGGAAUCGAUAGUGAAAUUUCCAACAAUGAAAGUUCUCGUCGUGGGAUCCGUUCUGCUGCUGGCGUCAGUCGCUUCCGCCUCGUACUGGGGAUACGUUCCGGCCGAUACCCCUGAGGUAGCAGCCGCCAAAGCCGCCCAUUUGGCCGCCCACCAGGCCGCUGGUGGACACCUGGGACAUGCCGCCGGACCAGUGGACACACCCGAAGUUCAGCAUGCUAAGGCCGCCCACUUUGCCGCUCAUGCUGCUGCCCGUGCCGGACAUCCAGGAGCAGGAGCUGUCGGCCCAGCAUGGCACGGAGCCCCAGCUGCUGCCGUCCAUGGCGGUUGGUAUGGUGCUGGUGCCUGGCACGGACCACAGCACAUCCCAGUGAUCCACAACGGAGUGCCGGUCGAUACCCCCGAAGUGCAACACGCCAAGGCCUCCCAUCUGGCUGCCCUUGCCUCGGCAGGUGCCGGAGCUCAUUGGGGUGGACACGGACACGGACACGAAGAUGACGGUUCGUACAAACCCCACUGGGACGGCCAUCACUACUGGCACAGUUUGCAAACAGUCCUGGUAGAGAAGCACUCGUCAGGAGGUUUCAAGGCGCUCAAUAGCUCAAGAAAACAAUUCGUGUUUCGUCGAAAGAUCCCCAACCGAAAUUCCAAAAUGAAAGCUUUCAUCGCUGUCUUUGUUCUGGCCACCGCCGCUUCCGCCUUGCAACACUUCCCAGCCGACACUCCCGAAGUGCAGCACGCCAAGGCCCAGCAUCUGGCUGCUCACGCUGCUGCCCGCUCCGGACACUCGAUUGCCGCCCCAGCCUGGCACCCUGCCGCUCCAGCCUGGCACGCUGCCGCUCCAGCUUGGCACGGAGCUCCAGCAGCCGUCCAUGGACCAGUUGACACCCCCGAAGUUCAGCAGGCUAAGGCCGAGCAUCUUGCCGCCCAUGCUGCUGCCCGUUCCGGACACUCGCUCCCAGUAGCCGCCCAUGCCUGGAACGCUGCACCGGUCGCUGCUCAUGCCUGGAACGCUGCCCCAGUUGCUGCCCACGAUUGGCAUGGAGCUGGUGCCUGGCACGGACCUCAGCACAUCCCAGUGAUCCACAAUGGAGUCCCAGUCGAAACCCCAGAAGUUCAGCACGCCAGAGCCGUCCAUUUGGCUGCCCACUCCGGAGUCGUUGGCGCUGGUCACUGGGCUCCAUCCCACGAGGAUGAUGGCUCCUACAAGCCACACUGGGAUCAUCACCACUACUAAGUGGUAGUGCUUCAAGAUACUCAACCUUUGCGUAAAAACUAGUAGAAGUCGAAUACCAAAAGUCACUCAGCACCUCUUCAUCAUACCUUUUGUAAAAAAAAAUCUUCAAAACGUUAGAGCUUCGGAUGUUAAUAGUCAUAUAGUCGAAUACUAUUGAGUGCGUACCUGUCGAAUGUAAAAGAAGAGUUUUCCCGCCUGCAUCCGAUCAUCUCAGCGCGGUGGGAAUAGCUUCCCCAUUUUUGAUAGCCACCCAAAUGGUAGUUAGUAAAAGUAAGAACGGAACUUAUCCUGAUAUCAGCUGUAAUAAAGAGAAAUAAGUUAAUGAAUGCACCUUAAAAUUGAA